CUCUUUCCCAUUUUCUCUCUCUUUCGCAUCACCACCCGAGUUGGCUGUUCUUUGCUCUGUUGGUUCUCUUCGGUCCUCGCCUCUGCUCUGGAUCUCCCGAGGCCACAUCGCUCUUCUUUGACCAAAGGCUUUUCGCUGCAGUCCGUGUCGCUAGCAGAAAGGUUUGCGUACGUGAAAUGGCUGGAGGAGGGGCAAUCCACCAGCUUCUACGGAGGAAACUUCAACCUCAGUCUCAGGCCUCUGCCUUGUUGUCGUCUAUCUUCUCAAAGAGAGGUCAGGAUGGUUCUAGCUCCACGUAUACGAGCUAUUUCAGGAGUUUCGCACUCGUUGGAGCUGGAGUUUCCGGAUUCCUGAGCUUUGGAACAGUUGCAUCUGCUGAUGAGGCUGAGCAUGGACUGGAGUGCCCUAGUUAUCCUUGGCCUCACAAAGGCAUUCUUAGUUCAUAUGACCAUGCUUCGAUUCGUCGUGGUCACCAGGUGUACCAGCAAGUGUGUGCAUCCUGCCACUCUAUGUCUCUAAUAUCAUACCGUGAUCUGGUAGGGGUCGCUUACACAGAAGAGGAGGUAAAGGCCAUGGCUGCUGAAAUUGAGGUGGAAGAUGGGCCUAAUGAUGAGGGCGAGAUGUUCACUCGUCCUGGUAAACUAAGUGACCGUUUCCCUCAACCAUAUGCGAAUGAAGCUGCAGCUAGAUUUGCCAAUGGGGGGGCUUAUCCUCCUGACUUAAGUCUAAUAACUAAAGCUCGGCACAAUGGUCAGAACUAUGUGUUUGCUCUCCUAACCGGUUACCGUGAUCCUCCAGCUGGUGUUGCGAUAAGAGAGGGGUUACACUACAAUCCCUAUUUCCCUGGUGGAGCGAUUGCUAUGCCUAAAAUGCUCAACGAUGGAGCUGUUGAGUACGAAGAUGGAACACCUGCAACUGAAGCACAGAUGGGCAAAGAUGUCGUCACAUUUUUAUCUUGGGCUGCUGAACCGGAAAUGGAAGAAAGGAAGCUGAUGGGAUUUAAGUGGAUCUUCGUACUUUCGUUGGCUUUGCUGCAAGCUGCUUAUUACAGGCGGUUGAGAUGGUCGGUGCUAAAGUCGCGGAAAUUGGUUCUCAACGUUGUCAACUAAGCUUCCUUAAAAGAUAUGUUGCCAUGUCACAUGCUGUUGGAGCACUGGAAAUAAUCUCUCGUCAAAUGAUUUUUUUUGUUAUCCGUCCCCGAAAUCGAUUCAAUCAACUACUUGGCGAUGUAGUUACUCUAAGGAACCUCUCUCUUCCCUAUUUGAGAUGGAAAUAAAGGCCUUCCAUAUACAUGAUGCAAGAUACCUUUCUGUUUUGGCAGAUUUGAGUUUUUGAACGUUAAGUCUUUUCUAAUGUUAUGUUCUUCAGUUGGAAAUA